AACGGUGAUUAUGAUACCAAAAUCAAUCUUCACAUAAGGAAUUCCGCCGGUGAUCCUUUGCUUGCUUUUACAUAUGACCUUUUGGAGAAUCUUAAGGUGGGGGCAAUUAUAAUACCAGAAAUGUGGAAUGAAGUGACACUUUUUGCCAGGCUAAGUGAUAAAGCUAGAGUUCCCGUGUUUUCCUUUUCUUCAUUACUGUCCCCAAAUGGAUAUCCUUAUUUUGUUCAAAUAUCUCAAGAUGGGGAUAUGGGACUCAAAGGCAUUGUUGCAUUUGUAGAAAGAGCUAAAUGGAAGAAUGUCAUACUUAUACAUGAUGAAACUGAGUAUGGGAUGAAAGAUCUCUCCCGUUUGAUUGAUUGAUUUCUUCCAAGAGAUUGACAUACAUGUGGUUAACAAGAUUACCAUUUCUCUUUUGACUGAAGAACAUCAAAUUAUUGAAGAGCUAAAUAAGCUCAAGAAAAUUGAGACUUCAAUUUUCGUUGUGCACCUGUCAUCUUCCUUGACGCCUCUCCUUUUUGAAAAUGCAAAAAAAUUAGGAUUGAUGGCUAAAGGUUAUGCUUGGAUUGUAUCUGAUCAAACUAUGAAUUUCCUGCAUACCUUCAAUGAUGCUGUUAUUGAAUCAAUGCAGGGAUCAUUGGGAUUCAAAUCUUACAUUCCAGCUUCAGGAAAGCUUAAAAAUUUCACUUUGAAGUGGCUUAGACAGUCUAACAUAGAAGCGUCUAUGGAGUUGAAUGUAUUUGGUAUAUGGGCAUAUGAUGCAGUAUGGGCAUUGGCACUGGCAAUUGAAAAGGUUGGGAAAAGAAUCCCUCAAACCAAAGAAGAAUGCAAGGACCUCCUAAAUUUUACAAGUAUUGGCGUUUCGGAUGAUGGUGGCUCAUUAGUAUUGAAGGAGGUAAUGAAUAACAGAUUUGUCGGUUUAGCUGGUGAGUUUCAACUUCUGAAUGGAGAAGUAGGCUCGAAGACAUAUGAAGUUGUUAAUGUCAUGGGCCAAGGGGAGAGAAGAGUUGGAUUUUGGACUCUAAAUAGUGGGUUCACCAUUCAUCCAUCCUCAAAUGAACCAAAUAAUUGUUUUCAUGGUGAUCUUGAUUCCAUUAUUUGGCCAGGGCCAUCUUUAGCUACCCCAAAAGAAUGGUCAGGUAAAAAGAUAAGAGUUGUUGUGCCUGUGAAGCAGGCGUUUAAGGAAUUCAUUGAUGUCCAUCAUGUCGUUCAAUCUAAUACAACAAUUGUGGAGGGUUUCUCUGUUGAUGUGUUCCUUGCUGCCAUUGGGAGUUUAGAGUAUGAAGUACCCUUUGAAUUUAUCCCUUUUGUGGUUGUGGAUGAAAAAGGAAAGCGCCAUUCCCAUUACAGAGAUCUUCUUCAUCAGAUUUACCUUAAGAACUUUGAUGCUGCCGUGGGAGACAUAACCAUCACCUCAAAUAGAUCUACAUUUGUGGACUUUACAUUGCCUUAUACUGAAGCUGGAGUGGGAACUGUGGCACGCUUGGGCAGUGCAGGAGCAUGGUUCUUCUUAAAGCCUUUCAGGACAGAUCUAUGGAUAAUUAUUGUUGUUUCCUUCAUUGUGACAGGUUUAGUUGUUUGGCUAAUCGAACACGAAAGUAAUGAAGAUUUCCAAGGUUCACUGGCUCAACAAGUUGGAACAACUUUGUGGUUUGCUGCUUCAACUCUUGUUUAUGCUCAGAGGGAACGGAUACAGAGUAAUCUGUCAAGAUUUGUAGUUAGCAUCUGGAUGUUUGUUGUGCUCAUAAUUUCAUCCAGCUACACCGCAUCACUGAGUUCACUUCUGACGUUACAACAAAUUCGGCUUGCAAAGGGAGACUAUAUAGGUUACCGUUCAUUCCAAGAAGGAAUCAUUUUUAACAACAUGAAUUUUUCUGGAAGUAGGCUUAUUCGCUACAAUUCACCUGAAGAAUUCCAUGAAGCUCUUUCCAAAGGGACCAUAGGAGGUAUAGUUGAUGAGAUUCCUUACAUCAAGAGUUUUCUUGCCAAGUAUCCAUCUCAAUAUGCACUCAUCAGCACUGCACCAACUACAAAUGGCUUUGGCUUUGCUUUCCAGAAAGGAUCACCGUUAGUCCCUGAGAUAUCUCGAGCAAUUUCUAGACUUCGAGAAGAAGGAAAACUCGCGGAGCUGGAGGACAAAUGGUUUAAGAAUCGCCCAUCUAUGUUAACUCAAGACGACGACACCUCUAACAUCAAGACUCUAAAUGUUGACAACUUUAGAGGCUUAUUUCUCUUGAGUGGGAUCUCUAAAGCUAUUGCUGUUACCAUGUUUCUUUGUUUAGUACUUGGUAAUAAGUUGUCAGUUUAUCACUAUAUUCUCAGAAUUGCUGCAGGUGGGAAGUUGGCAUUUAUGAUUAAGUACCUAUUUUGCAGAAAGGAGUUUAACAUUGAGGGACGCAAUGAGAAUAGCCACAACCAUACAUAAAUCAUAAACCAGGCCACCUCCAUAUAUCAGCCUUGUCAUAUAGAUGGUUAGCAUUUCUUUCUAGUGUCUGGUGAGUUUUUUUGGGUCAUAUAUCCUAAUGUUCUUGAGCCUUGAGGUUGUUUCUUGCCCAGACAUGGAAUUCAUUCUAGUUAUCCACAAAUCCCAGAUGGCCUGUGUAGGGAUUAUACCUCUGCCCUAAUAGCCCUCUGUAAAUAGAAGUU